AUGGCACUAGUAAUGAUUGAUAUCGCACGCUGCAAUGCGUACGUUUGUCAUCAGUUGGCGUCCAACCCCGACCUCACAGGAGAGAAGGACUUGAUUGAAGCUGAUUGGGCUGGAUUCGGGCGUGGUCGCGACAACCACCUAUCCUUUGUAGCCGCUCUGGUACGAGAAAUGUUUAAUGGCUCAUGGAAGGAGGGGCUGAUAAAUAGUGACGGAAUGCUGUAUGCGGAUACCAUCGCUACGCCCAAUACUACCUCAGCUAGUGCGAGCAUUACCAGUUGUGCUGAGGUAACCAGCUGUGUUGCUACUGAGUGCGUGGCAAGAGAAUCAUGGUACGCAAAGGACGGAGUCGAGCGAAGCGUGAAUGUACCGUGUGUCGCUUUGAAGGAAGGGCGCCGACACAAAAAAACGAUUAUUGCGAGAUGCACAAAGUUGCUUUGUGCAAGCGAAUUUACCCGGUAG